AUGGCCACCGCACUCGCUGAACGCACCUCUUCGCCUUCGCCUUCGCGGCGGAUCUCCCUAUCAAGCAAAAUCUCUGCCCUGGGCGCAAAGCUUGGUCGCACGCUGACGCACGGAGCGGACGGCGGGGAGGAAAACGACUCGAUCGCCCCCAUCUACUCGCGCACCGAACGCUCUACCUCUCGCGGCCGCGAUGCUUUCCAAUCCACCGGACGAGGCGGACUGGGGAACAUCCGCCAGGCCUCCCUCUCGCGCGACCGCCCUGAGACCGGACCAGACGACUUUUCCGUAACCCGUGGCCGCGAGCCCAUUGCCCAUCCCAACGAGGUCUUCUCGACUGGACGAGGAGGUGCAGGCAACAUACGCUCGCCAUCGCGCGAUCCGAGCAAGCCAUCUGCGCCCGUCGACUCGACGGAGCAGGACGUGAUCGAGAAAUAUGUGGCAUCGCAGGAAGGGGCUGCGCGCUCCUCCGGCCGCGGCGGCCUCGGCAACAUCGCCCGCUCCCGCUCUCGCGACCCCACCUCCCAGGGUACCACCGCAACCACAGGCACCGCAGCUGUCUUCUCCACCGGGCGCGGCGGCGCAGGCAACAUCCACGCCGGGCACAGCGUCGCUGAGGAGAUAGACGAGGACGAGCGCAGGAAGUACUCUACUACCACCGCCGCCCAUGAAGGGGUGCACUCGACGGGCAGGGGCGGCGCUGCGAACAUCACGGCCGCGCACGAGCCGGCGAUCGAAAAGCCGGUGCAUGGGCAGUAUGGGGGUGGGGAGUAUGAGUCGACGGGGAGGGGAGGAGCGGGGAAUAUCUUCAAGGAUAGGUCCAAGUCGAGGACGAGGGGCGAUUAG